UAUACAUCUACGCCGGUAACCAUAGGUUGUUAAAGUAGACAAGAGAAAAGAAAUACCCUUCAAAAAGAACAAACAAAAAAAGAAAAAAGAAAAAAGAAAACACUAAAAACAUUAAAGACAAAAAACUUGAAGAAGCAAGUCAGAAAACAUGGAUUUCUACAAGCAAACCUUGGUGGAACAAGAUGCAGAGAUGAAGCAAAAUUUGGCAUCUGACAACAACAACAGCAAGAAGAAGAGGAAGAGGAAGAGGACUCCUAAAGAGCCUUGGGAACCUAAAUCCAAGGAUAAACAGAUUAUGUCGGAUAAGCCCAAGAAAUGUCCAGGCAAGGGAAAAAGAACGCGGGUUUGUGACAUUUAUAAUGAUGCCGAAGAUCAAUAUAUGUGUUUGGAGCGAGCAGCAUUCUUAUUGGAACGUCUAGAUGCAGAGUCACCUAAGUUUGCCAAAUGUAUGCUCCCAUCAAAUGUUCUCUACAGUUUUUGGUUGAUUCUACCGAAGAAAUUCUGUGUUAUGCAUUUGCCUGAGCACGAUACGACUGUUACGCUUGUGGACGAGACUGGAAAGGAGUUUAAGACGAAUUAUCUCAAGGUAAGGCACGGUUUAAGUGCUGGCUGGAGGGGAUUUUCCAUUGCACAAAAGUUGCUUCAGGGUGAUAUUCUGUUCUUCCAUCUCGUUGAACCCUGCAAAUUACAGGUUAAUAUAGUACGAAGAUAUGGGUUAGAAACGAUAGAAGCGGCUGUUUGCCUAAUGGAAAUGCAUCCUCGUGUUAAAAAGACAAGGACGUCAAAUUACUUUGAUAAAGCGGGCGAACCAAAGAAAGAAAAACUUAAACAUAAAGAAGCCAAGAAAGAAGACGAAGGUAAACUAAAGAACCAAACUCCCCCGAUGCUUAUACAAACAAAGAAAGGUAAGAGAACGCGUAGAAGCCCAAAGAAGUUCAUAGCUAGACUGUCUCUAGAUUUUUGUGAACGUAACGUGGAAGAAGACGGUGAAAGGGUAUCGUGUGUGGACCAAUGUGAAAAUAGCAGCGACGGCUUGAGCUCGGAAGUUGUCCAAGGGUCGACGUUGGAAAUGACGAAUCAAUCGCAACCUGAUGAGGUCGGGUGCUAUGCACUGAAUCUGGCGUGCCAUGAAGGCAUCAACUGUCAUUCGACUGCUGAAAGAAUAUAUCAUUCUUCUACAGUUACCACAUAAAGAAAGAAUCUUUAUUUGUGGGUAAUUCUGCAAAUGGGGAAAAGCUUAUGAACAUCUUUUGGGAAAUUGGAAUCGGAAUUGGAAUUGGAAUCGGGAUCGAAAGCAAAAGCAUAUAAUAUGUUGAUGGUUUCAGGCGAGAGCUUCUUGGACAUGCUUUUGAAUGAAGAGAAGCUUACAGCGAGCUCUUGAGUUGAAAUGGAUUUUGAAGUACAGUUAGCUUUUGCAGGCAAACGCCCCCAGUCAGUGCACCAAAAUUUCUGGGCUAUUUUCUUAUCAUUUUUUGAAAUUAUUUUUUUUACAAGAGAAUAUAUUUUGGUAUACAUAGGAAGAAAUUCUCUUGAAUCCAUAGUCACUUUUCAAGAUUCUUUACUAACUUCUGUUCAGAAUUUUAAGGAAGAUGUCUACAAUCUGCGUUUCUUUCUGCUUCUUUUAGUAUAAGUAUAUAUGAUUGUUGUUCCAUGACGGUUUCGGAGGUAACCUCUUCAUCACAAGUCGGACUUGUUGGCUUUGUGAGCUUUCACUUAAUCGGACAGG